UUUUGCAGCUCUAGUAUACAAAUUGGCGAAUUGUUGUGUGGUGUGAAAAUUCAUAAUUUCGCAAAUAAAUUAUUAAAACUUGUGAAUAAGUUCCUACGUAUAGAGCACAAACGAGCUUAGCCCCGCCCCAAUAACAUAUCCACCGAAGUCACACACCGAACCAGCACAAAGGGUAGUUUUUCAUCUCGCGAGUGUGAGUCACUGGCCAGAUUUCCCCACCCAAAAACAACAAGACAGUCGUCUUGCCUCGCAACCACUUGCUAAGUAUUCAAGUGAUCUCACCAAACCUCUUCAGCACCCAACCUCCAGCUAUAUAGUUUCGAAAUGGCCGCCGUAGAGAAUGCCGAGCCCCGCACGGAGCUCCAGGAGCUGCAAUUCAAGUCUGGCCAGGUGGCCGAUGAAUCCCUGGAGAGCACGCGUCGUAUGCUAGCGCUCAUGGACGAAAGCAAGGAGGCUGGAAUCCGCACGCUGGUGGCCUUGGAUGACCAGGGCGAGCAGCUGGACCGAAUUGAGGAGGGCAUGGACCGGAUCAACGCGGACAUGAGGGAGGCGGAGAAGAACUUGAGUGGCAUGGAGAAGUGCUGCGGCAUCUGUGUGCUGCCCUGGAAGAAGGUGAACAUCAAGGACGACGGCGAGAGCGCCUGGAAGGCCAAUGACGAUGGCAAAAUCGUGGCCAGCCAGCCGCAAAGGGUCAUCGAUGAGCGGGAACGCGGCGGCAUGGGUGCUCCGCCGCAGUCCGGCUAUGUGGCCAGGAUCACAAACGAUGCACGCGAGGACGAGAUGGACGAAAAUCUGGGACAGGUGAACUCCAUGCUGGGCAACCUGCGCAACAUGGCCCUGGACAUGGGCUCCGAGCUGGAGAACCAAAACAAGCAGGUGGACCGCAUCAAUGCCAAGGGCGAUGCCAACAACAUUCGCAUGGAUGGCGUUAACAAGCGCGCCAACAAUCUGCUCAAGAGUUAAAUAUGCACAACGGUCACGUCCCGAAUCAAUAGCGAAACACGAUAGUCAGACACCUCCAUUUCAAUAUUGUUACGGAAAGGAACCAAUGUUGUGGGCACAAACCGUAGAUGGUGGUAUUGCGUUAUUUAUACCAUAUAUUAUACACAUAUACAAGUAGUGGCAACUACUCCUGGCAAACGCGAGCGUAACAGACCCAUCUACUUAAAGAACUUCGAGCCGUCGAGCCGAUGAACUAACUACUACUUUCUACAACUAUAUAUAUAUAUAUAUAUGCGAACCAACAUACUAACUACUUACUAUUACUACACUCGUGUACAAAUGGCAACUUAAAGGCGCCGGAAACAAUUUUAUUAUGAG